CUUAGUUUGAACCGGAGUCCCGCCGCAGGAACAGGUGUCAGGUUUCAUCAGUUAGCAUCAAGCUAAGCUAACGCUCCAGCGUCAUCAGCUGCGGAGACUUUGUUCAAACUGACCCGAGCCCGCUUCACUCCGGCGGCCUUUUCUGGACCCGCAGCCCGGUGUCUGCGCGCCCUUUGUCCCGGGCAGCUUCCGAGCCGUUCCAGCUUCCUGGACGAGUGUCAUGGCGGAGGGAGCGGAGGGCGGCUCAGUCACCGCCGCGAAGAGGAGACCAGCAGCGGGGAGGAAGAGCCGACAGAGCCGGCAGAAGAGCUGCUGCAGCCGGGUGAAUCUGGAGAAAGUUCUGGGAAUCAGCACAGCCAGCAGCAGCGGUCUGACCUCUGACCCCAACUCUGGGCUCAUCGCCUAUCCUGCAGGGUGUGUCAUCGUGCUGCUUCACCCAAAGAAGAACAAACAGAGUCACAUCAUCAACACGUCCAGGAAACCCUUCAGUGCUGUGGCCUUCUCUCAUGAUGGGAAACACCUGGUCACUGGUGAGAGCGGUCACAUGCCCUGUGUAAGGGUGUGGGAGGUGGGUGGCGGUCAGGUGGCCGAGGUUCAGUGUCAUAAAUAUGGAAUUUCGUGCGUAGCGUUCUCCACCAACAGCUGUUACAUCGUCUCGGUGGGAUAUCAACACGACAUGACUGUUAGUGUGUGGGACUGGAGGAAAGGUUCCAUCAUCGCCUCUAACAAAGUGUCCAGCAGAGUCUUCGCCGUCUCCUUCUCUCAGGACAACAGCUACUUCAUCACUGCAGGAAACAGACACGUCAAGUUCUGGUACCUGGACGCCUCCAAAGAACGACGGGUGAACAGCACGGUGCCUCUGAUUGGUCGUUCAGGGUUGCUAGGUGAACAUAAGAACUGCGUGUUCAGUGGAGUGGCGUGUGGGCGUGGCCUCACGGCGUCCAGCACCUACUGCAUUACCAGCACCGGUCUGCUGUGUCUGUUCAACAGCAGCCGACAGCUGGAGGCCUGGGUCAACCUCAAGACGGCGUCGGCGAGUUGUCUGUCCGUCGGUGAGGACCACGUCUUCUGUGGCUGCGCAGACGGUCUGAUCAGAGUGUUCAAUCUGUUAAACCUUCAGUACGUCACCACGCUGCAGCGACCUCACAGACUGGGAGUCGACAUUAGUCAGAGCCAGCACAGCAGCCUGUUUCCUGUCAGUCCAGAUGCUCACUUCCCUGACACCUUGGCUCUGACCUUUGACCCUGCUGCCAAACACCUGACCUGCGUAUAUGACGACCACAGUUUGUAUGUGUGGGACGUCAAAGACGUGAGGAACGCAGGGAAGCUGUACUCCGCCAUGUACCACAGCGGCUGUGUGUGGAGCGUCGAGGUGUAUCCUCAGCUGUCAGACGUGUCCCAGGCGUGUCUGCCUCCCUCCUCCUUUCUCACCUGCUCAUCUGACAACACCAUCAGAGUGUGGCACACCGACCCGCCCACCGCCGCCCCCCCACACAGGAACCUGUACAGCAAUGACCUGUCAAGGAUUGUGUAUGUGGGCGAGAACACGCAGCACCUGCAGGCAGAGGGGAGGAAGGCAGAGGCAGCAGGGGCUGAUGGGAAGUGCGGGAUCAGAGUGCUGGCUAUCAGUCCGGACGGACGACACCUGGCUGCAGGAGACCGCUGUGGAAAUCUUCAUAUCUUCGCUCUAGAGUUUCUGGACGAGCUGGUGAAGAUCGAGGCUCAUGACUCUGAGGUUUUGUGUCUGGAGUUCUCGCCGACGUCUACAGGUGUGAAGCUUUUGGCGUCAGCCAGCCGGGACCGACUGAUCCACAUCUUCAACCUGGAGAAGAACUACAGUCUGGAACAGACUCUGAACGACCACUCAGCCUCCAUCACUGCCGUCAAGUUCACAGGUGAGAGUCCAGAGGUUCAGAUGGUGAGCUGUGGAGCUGACAAAAGCAUCUACUUCCAGACGGCCGAACAGACGGUGGAGGGUUUGUCUUUCUCCAGGAGUCAUCACGUGGUGGAGAAGACGACGCUGUACGACAUGGACCUGGACUCCUCGAAAACACAUGUAGUCAUCGCCUGUCAGGACCGAAACAUCAGAGUUUAUGAUGUGGAAACUGGGAAGUUGAAGAAGUGUUUGAAAGGUUCGUCCAGCGAUGAAGGAGCUCUGCUAAAGGUUCAGAUGGACCCGUCUGGGAGUUUCUUCGCCACCAGCUGCUCAGAUAAAAAUAUCACCAUCUUUGACUACGAGUCAGGAGAGUGUGUCGCCACCCUGUUCGGACAUUCAGAGAUCGUCACCUGUAUGAGGUUCAGUCAGGACUGUCGACACCUCAUCACUGUGUCAGGAGACAGUUGUGUGUUUGUGUGGCGACUGGACGCUCAGAUGACCUCCACCAUGAGGAAGAGGCGGGGCCUCAGACUGAGAGUUGCACCUGACACCCGCCACCAAAAACCUCUGAACAUCAGGAGGGAGACGUUCAUCACUGUUCCCUCAUCUCAGCUGCAUCAGACGGAGGAAGAGGAAGAGGAGUCGGACCUCAGUACUCCGGCCAGACUGGACUUUGCUCAGGAUUCAGUUCCGCAGCUUCAGACCAACGGGAAACUGCCCCUGUGGUUCAGAAAAGUGCAGAGUCAGGGCGGAGCCUCCACUGCCGACCAACCGGAUGCUGGGCCUCGUCAGAGUCGCAGUCGGUGGACGGAGCAGCUGAACCCUCUGACUAUCUGCUCCAACUGCUCCCCGAGUCCCACCAAGAGUCCAGAGGAGGAGGAGGACGACGACGAAGACUUCCACCCCCAGAGUCUGGAGAGUUUGCUGGGAGAGAACCAAGAGGAAGAAGAAGAAGAAGAGGAUGACGAAGACUUCCACCCCCAGACUCUGGAGAGUCUCCUGAAAGAUGGAGAGGAAGACAAGAAGGAGGUGCUGCAGCCUGCAGGGGAGAACAGGACCAGCUAUGUCCUCCACCCCAGCAGCAGCGCCACCGACAGGAAAUUUGACGCUGAAGCCGUCCCCGACACACAGACAUCUCUGACCCAGCUGGAGGGCAGAGAUCAGGGGGCGGAGCCAGUGUGGAGAACUCAGCUGAGCCCAGACUCCGCCUGCUCCGAGGGAUCUGCAGGAAGCAUGGAGCAGCCUCAUGAUGCCGACACAGACUCUCUGAGUCAGGGCAGCUCUGUGGGCAGUUUGGGUCCAGAGGACGACGACGACAGGAACUUGUUAAAGAACCACUUUGACACGCUGGCGUCGAGUCAGAGUGAAGAGAAGUUCGACACUGACCUCAGGACUCUGCAGCCUCCGGAGGAAAAACACUUCCUGAACCCUCGACUCAGCAUCUCCGCCCGCUUCCUGUCCCGAUUCCAGGACAGACUCAGGGUCUGGCCGAGUCGAGCUCCACCUCUCAUCUCCAUCCCGACCAGGAUCUCAGAGGAGAGCGUCAACAACACGUCGGAGAUCGUGGAGUCGAGCAGCGACGUCGUAUCGACCGAGUCGACGAACGGAGCGAGCUGCAACUCCAGAUGCAGCCCGUCUGUCCUCCGUAGAAGAGCUUCCUGCAUUAUAUCCCAUCAGCCCCUUCACCGCCCAACACGUCGACGCCGCCGCCACACUGUGGUGGUCGUUCAGUGCAGAGAGACGCUGGGA